GGAGUUUUCGCAUAGAGGUUAUAGACUGGAGGACAUUCUCACAUUGGCAGAUUCCUACUACACUAGUGUUGGAAUAUGUCUCCACCUGAUCGAACAGUAGCGCAGGUACAGAAACUCAACAUAUUAGAACAAGUCAUUGCGUCGAGUAUUGGCGGUACCAUCGCGGCGUUGGUAGUCACUCCGCUUGAUGUAGUUAAAACGCGGUUGCAAGCUCAGAGAAAAAAAAUCAAGGCCACGCUCAGUAAAUCAGAAAAAAAAUAUCGGUACAAAAACACGCUCGACGCGUUUUUUAAAAUAGGUCGUCAUGAGGGAGUUCGAGGAUUUUGGCGUGGAUUUGGCCCUGGGUUAUUGAUGACCGUUCUAUCAACAACGCUCUACAUUACCUUAUACGAAAAUUCUAAAUAUUUUCUGGAAACUACAACUUAUAAUCUUUUAUGGGCACCGGCUAUAUCUGGUGCUUUCGCCCGAGCAGUGUCUGUUCUUUGCAUUUCUCCGUUGGAUUUAUUUCGUACCAAUCUACAGUCUCAUUCCAAAAAGAUUGCUUCCCAUCAACUUUUUGCAAACAUUUGGCGGUCUGGAAAUCUUUCCACAUUCUGGAUUGGCGUUCGUCCUACUUUAUGGCGAGACGUACCGUUUUCCGUGAUUUAUUGGACGAUCUUUGAAUGCAUCAAAAGAAAUCAUUCUCAUCCUGGAUUUUUAGACAAUUUCAUAGCUGGAGGCGUAUCAGGUUCUAUAGCCGCUCUUGCUACUAUCCCAUUCGACGUUAUUAAGACAAGAGCGCAAAUGGACGUUCACAAGAUGAAUGAGCAUGUUACUCCUUCAAGUAAACCUCAGUCUGUUCUGGGGUUGAUGCGCGAGGUUAUCGAAAAAGAGGGAUUUAGAACCCUGUUCCGUGGCAUAUUGCCCAGAGUUGCAAAAGUUGCUCCUGCCUCCGCGAUCAUGAUAUCAACUUAUGAAUACCUAAAAGGUUUAUUCUACAAACAACGACUCAAGCUUUCAAACACGACAAAUCAUGCGAUGUCAUCGCACAAAACGUCUAGUUGCUCUUAUCCAGUCACGAUGGCGACUCCCAGGAGGGAAUAGCUU